AUGGCGAAGAUUGCGGCCGAGGCUGUUCCACAGCUGAAAUCUCAAAUCGACGCAGUCACUUCGGACCCCGCUGGUGCUCCCGGCGUGGUGUUUACCGCGGUGAACAAGAAUGGUGAAACGAUCUUCGAGCAUGCGUCCGGAAAAGUGGGCGUGGGCCAGGAGAAGCCCAUGUCAGUCGACAACGUCUUCUGGAUUGCCAGCUGCACGAAGAUGAUCACGGGAAUUGCCUGUAUGCAGCUGGUCGAGCAGGGGAAGCUGGCGCUGGACGAUGUCGACCAGGUCGAGAAGCUGGCGCCGGAAUUGAAAGCAGUGCAGGUGUGGGAUGGCAGCAAACUGGUGCCUAAGAAACGAGGCAUUACCCUCCGAAUGCUGCUGGCGCAUACAGCCGGCUUCGGAUACGCCUUUUUCGACCAGCGUCUCAACGAUUGGGCCGGUCCGCUGGGCGUGGACGAAUUCUCCGGCUCGUACCACGACUACCUGUCGCAGCCGCUGGUCAACCAACCGGGCGAGCGAUGGGAGUACGGUAUCAACAUCGACUGGGCCGGCCAGCUGGUCGAGCGCGUGUCCGGGCUCAAGCUCAACGACUACUUCCAUCAGCACAUCUUCAAGCCCAUGGGCCUCAAGCACAUCACCAUGUUCCCAGAUGACGAGUUGAAGUCCAAACUGACGUACAUGAACGCCCGCGCUCCCGACGGCAAGCUAUCGCUCUACCUCGACGGCCAUCUCAACCGACGGCCUUUGUACGCCAAGACGAAGGAAGAGCUCGAGGCGACUUUCCACUCGGGCGGUGCCGGCUGUUUCGCCAAAUUGUCCGACUAUACCCAAAUCAUCUCCGUGCUGUUGAACGAUGGCGUCCAUCCAGGGACCGGCGCCCGGAUCCUGAAGAAGGAAACCGUCGAUCAGAUGUUUACGAACCAGAUCCCGGAAUUCCCCAACUACGGCCGCCAGGGCAUCUUCGCACCCAAGACUCAUCUUUCCAACGUCCUUCCCGACCUGUACCCAGACCCUCAUGACGUUCCGCAGGGCUGGGGCCUGACCUUCUUCCUGCACCUGCGCGAUUCGGCUGUCCACAGCGAAGGAACCGGCUGGUGGGCCGGCCUGCCCAACUUGUUCUGGUGGGCUGAUCGCAAGAGGGGCAUCGGUGGCAUUAUCGGAUCCCAGAUCCUCCCCUUCGGCGACGCCAAAAUUCUUGGUCUAUGGGCCCAGAUUGAGGGUGGAUUGAAUGCGAACCUGAAGUAA